GGCGGCGGCGCCGGGCCGACGGCGGCCGAGUGCAGGAGCCGGGCCGGGACGACGAUCGCGGCGCAGGCCGGCUGCCGGGCGGCGGCGGCGGGGCCGGGCGAGAGGUAUUCAAAAUAAAGUCGCAACCACUUUCAAGGAGGAUUAAUCAUCAAAACCUUUCUUUUAGAAGAACAUUUUCCAAGUUAAAAAAAUGAAAGAAACUGGAAUAGUGUGGAUUCUGACAGACAGAAUAAAGGAUACAGUGUUUCACAGUAAUUUGUGAUGGCACCUUAAGAAAAUUCGCCACUUCUGCACCCAGCUGGGAACAUGGAUGUUGGUUUUUCCCGUUCUGCAGUUCAGACACUGUCAAGAAGCCACUGCAAAAACAUCAAACAAAAAAUUUCUCAGUGGGAAGGAAGAACUAAUGGUAUAGCCACUCCAGACAAGUGGCAUCCCAAAGAUUUUGGGGUGAGAUACAAUCACUGUCACCCAGAGAUUCUUAAGAAAAAUCCUGUUGCUGAGGGAAGGAGCAAAAGAUUAGCUCUAACUAACUGUCGUAAUGAAGCCUCCAAAAGCAGUGAGCAGAGUGAGGACGAGGGGGAGAAGCACCAGUACGCGGACCAGUUGGUCUCCAGAAACGAAUCCAGCCCCACGUGGGCGCGUGCCCAGGUCGGACAGAGCCAGACCCAGAGUGACGUCGUUCUGGACCCAGAAACCACCUUCCCUCCAGGGAACUUCUACACCUCACAAAUAUUGUGGAAGAAAAUAGAAGCGCUUCCCCCAGAUAGAUUAUGCUUCAAUUUGGCUUUAGAACAUUGUGAUUCUUCAGAAAAAGAACUGGAUUUCAGAGUUCUCAAUAGUUCGUAUGGAGUAACCAAGAGCUUGGAGAACAUUUACUCUGAACCAGAGGGGCAAGAAUGUGGACCUUCUAUAAAUCCUCUGCCCAAGCCUCGGAGGACAUUUAGAUAUUUGUCUGAGUCUGGUGUUACGCCUCAUCCAGAGAGAAACUGUGACAGAAAAUACUGUGAAAAUCAUUCAUGUGCAGAGGCCCCUUUAGCCUCUUCUCAGGAACCUGAACCAAAGAAAUAUACUGGAAAAAUCAGGGGGAGAUCUAAAAGGAAAUCCUUUGAAUUUGAAGAUAUUCAGCACUUUCGAAGUCGGAAUGCACAGAAGAUUCAUCAAGAGCUUGGGAGAAAUUCUGGCUCGGCACUUUAUUAUACCCAAUCUGAGGACAAUAUCUACGAGGAUAUCAUUUAUCCCUCCAAGGAAAAUCCAUAUGAAGAUAUUCCACUGCAGCCCCUGCCAGUGUGGAGGUCCCCUUCAGCGUGGAAGUUUCCACCACCUAAAACUACUUUCAAAACACCUCUUAAGCUUCCUCCCAGACCUCAAUUUCUUUACCGGAAGACUAUGGAACUGAAGAACACACAGGCCUAUUUGCGGUCCAAGUUCACGAAGGAUGCCACUUUGCCUGUCACUUUGACUGAAUGGAAGCAUUUCCGCGCUGGAGAAGUUACAAAUAGGAAAAGGAAAAAUCUCCCAAGGUUUGUAUUGAAAAUAGAAGACAUAUUUGAGUCUAAAAGAGGAAAGAAAAGGGUAAAGUUACAACCUUUCAAUGGAAAAGAAGUACCACCUUCAAAAGGUGAAACCAGUGGGAACGAAAGUGAUGCCGAGUAUCUGCCAAAGAAUCGCCAUAAGCGCUUGGCACAGCUGCAGCAGCCUUCCAAGAGGAACCCUCACUACCAGACCUUAGAGCGGGACCUCAUUGAGUUACAGGAGCAACAACUGUUUGAGCUAUUUGUGGUGGUGUCUCUGCAGAAGAAGCCACCAGACACCAGCUACAAUCCCCAGGUCAUACAGCAGUUCCCUAGCAAGGGAGAUCAUGGCUUUAAGCAAUCCAAAGACACUGAAGAGAGACUCAAAGUUAUUCCCAAGUUUUGUUUUCCUGAUUCUAAGGACUGGGUGCCAACUUCAGAACUCAAGAGUGAAACGUUCUCCUUUGUCUUAACUGGUGAAGACGGAAGCCGGUGGUUUGGUUACUGUAAGAAGCUCUUGCCAGAAGGCAGAGGAAAGCGACUCCCAGAGGUGUACUGCAUGGUCAGUCGCCUCGGCUGCUUCAACCUGUUUUCCAAGAUUCUAGAUGAAGUAGAGAAGAGAAGAGAAAUGUCUCCAGCCCUGGUGUACCCAUUCAUGCGAAGCGUGAUGGAAGCCCCUUUCCCAGCCCCUGGACGCACCAUCACGGUUAAGAGCUACCUCCCUGGGGCCGGUGACGGCUCAAUUGAGCUCUGCCGCCCGCUGGACUCUCGCCUGGAGCAUGUGGACUUUGAGUGUCUAUUUAAGUGCCUGAGUGUGUGCCAUCUCGUCCGAGUCUGUGCCUCUCUCCUUCUGGAGCGGAGGGUGAUCUUUGUCGCCAACAGUUUAAGCACCCUAUCCAAGUGUGGACAUGCCGUCGUGGCCACCCUGUACCCGUUCACGUGGCAGCACACCUACAUCCCUGUCCUGCCAGCAUCCAUGAUUGACAUCGUCUGCUCCCCUACCCCAUUCCUGAUUGGGAUCCUGUCCUGCUCCUUGCCGCAGCUCCAGGACCUGCCCAUUGAAGAGGUGCUGAUAGUUGAUCUUUGUGCAGACAAGUUUUUACAGGAGGUAUCUGAUGAGGAUGAAAUUCUGCCACCCAAACUCCAAGCUGCCCUCACACAGAUUUUGGAAGAACGAAAUGAAAUCUUAGCCCAGGAGCCGAAUUUUUCACAAGAUGCUACUCUCAACUCUCUGGUGUCUGAGGCAUUUGUCCGUUUUUUUGUGGAAUUGGUGGGACAUUACUCUUUAAAUAUGAUCGUCACUGAGCGUGGGGAGCGUAUAUUCCAGAGGGAGCCUUUCCGGAAAUCCCACACCUCCCGAAGUGUGCGCCACUUCCUCGAUCUCUUCAUGGAAACGCAGAUGUUUGCAGGGUUCAUCCAGGACCGAGAACUUCGGAAAAGUGGGGUGAAAGGUUUGUUUGAGGUCCGGGCGCUCCAGUAUUUGGAAACGAUUCCUGAGUCUGAGCCCAGUGGGGUAAAUAGAAUUUUGCGGAGUCUUGGAAGUAAAAUGAAAUUUCUGCAGAAGAAAUGAAUGCUCCAAUUUACUGUGUCCAUCCUAAAACACAAAGUGCCAAAAAAAGUCUUUCGGGAGAGUAAGAAUAUCCCCCAAGUGCUAUACAAAAUCCUGGAGUUGAACUGAUCACAGAGUGGACCAAGUUCUCCCGGAAGUCAUCCCUGGGCAGCUGCUGGGAAUGGUCUGGAACAAAUUUUCUCUCCUAGGCGUCUCAUUCUUUCCCCACUCUUGUUUGGCUGUGACAGCCAGGGGUUGUGCACAUGUGGCUGAGUGCUGAGUCACAGGCUCCUGAGGCUAAUCCUCUCUUAGCAGCAGCACUCAGCACAUUUUGGCUGCAGUUCUCAUGGGGGCUGCACACUUAGUCGUGCUCACAUUUUGUUUUGUAGAUCAUCAGGGGUCACACACACUUAGAUAUAGGUUGCCGGGGAUCCACACACCAUGUUGCAGAGAAUGGGGUUCUGAGUGCUAGAGGCAUCAGGAUUGUAUUUGGCAUCUGUGGGAUGGUGCCAGAAAGCAAGUUUU